AUCAUCUGCCGGCAUCUGUUUCGGCAUUGAUAUACUAUUAGGACUCAGACUGAUGAUGCCUCCACGAUAGACGGGAUAGAUACAUGUCUUGUUCACUUCUCGCUUCCCUCAGACCAGCGAUAACCUCCUCUACUCCAACAUGCAAUUCCAUCUGAACGGCGUCAAGGGUGCUGGCAACCCUCUCGAUCAUCAGUUUGAAGGGACCGAGGAGCCAGACUUCCAAACUAGCUUGCCUGCAGAAGUCGAUGUCUUGAUUGUGGGAGCUGGUCCUGCUGGUCAGCUGCUCGGAGCACAACUUGCACGAUUCCCGGAGAUUACUACGAGGAUCGUCGAAGCACAACAUGGUCCUCUUCUAGUAGGGAACGCAGAUGGUCUGCAAUGUCGAACGCUGGAGAUCUUCCAGGCAUUUGGAUUCGUAGAGAAAGUGUUGAAGGAGGCGUAUUGGGUGAACGAGACCACAUUCUGGUCUCCCACUGAAGAUGCCAAGGGUCUCAAACGAAGUGGCAGGAUCCGCGACACCGAAGAGAACCUCAGCGAGAUGCCACACGUUAUCCUCAAUCAAGCCCGCAUGCAAGACUUUUGGCUUCAGGCCAUGAAGUCCACUCCAACUCGUCUUGAACCAAGCUAUAGCCGCAAGCUGCACUCUCUCGAACUUCCCGCUGCACCAUCCGAUUCAGUCAAGGUCGUGCUGGAACGCACCGACACUGCCCGCGCCGGACAGACGGAGACUGUCCGCGCGAGAUAUGUCGUCGGCUGUGACGGCGCACGCUCUCUAGUUCGCAAGUCCCUCGGACUACAACUCAAAGGCGACAGCCAGAAUCAAGUCUGGGGCGUCCUGGACGCUCUCGUAGUGACCGACUUUCCGGACGUGCGACUCAAGACAGCCAUCCACUCCGCUUCGGCGGGGAGCAUCGUUCUGAUCCCUCGGGAAGGCGGAUAUCAACUCCAGAAGCUAGAGCAACACGAACGAGUGGCCGACAAGAAAAUCACAAAAGAGGCCCUCGUCAACCAAGCGAAGCAGAUCUUCCACCCUUUCACAUUCGAUGUCAGAGAAAUCGCUCAUUGGUCGGUGUACGAAGUCGGCCAACGACUGACAGAUCACUUCGACGACGUACCAAAAGCCGAACGAGAAGAUCGAGACCCUCGGGUCUUCAUCACCGGCGACGCAUGCCACACACACUCAGCCAAAGCAGGCCAAGGCAUGAACGUAUCGAUGAACGACUCCUUCAACCUAGGAUGGAAGCUCGCCUCCGUACUACGUGGUCAAUCUCCUCCCAAACUCCUCCACACCUACACCGAAGAACGCCACGCCAUCGCCGAGCUAUUGAUCGAACUCGACACGAAGAUGAGUCGAAUGUUCGCCGCGAAACCCACCUCGGAUAAGCAAGCCGCCAAGGACUCCGACGGCAACACCGUCGACCCUGCCGACUUCCAAGCUUACUUUGAAGAACAAGGCC